AUGGAAGUCUGCCAAGCACUUGGAAAUAUUCAGAAGGUCAACCAAGGCAAGUAUCUGGGACUCCCAAUGGUGAUCACAAGGUCGAAACAACAACUAUUUGGCUACAUUAAAGACAACAUCCAGCAAAGACUGAAGAAAUGGAAAAACAAGCUGUUAAGUGCGGCAGGUAAAGAGGUGAUGCUCAAAUCAGUAGCAAUGGCAAUGCCAACAUAUACGAUGUCAUGCUUCAAAAUGCCAAAGAAGAUAUGCAAAGAGAUUAAUGCUGUAAUGGCAAACUAUUGGUGGGGAGAGGCAACUGGAAGGAACAAGAUGCAUUGGAGAUCUUGGAGUAAAAUAUCAAUGGACAGGAAGGAUGGAGGAUUGGGAUUCCUAGAUUUAGAGGCAUUCAACACAGCGCUAUUGGGAAAGCAAGGUCUAAUGGGAGCAAGGCAAUUGAUAGAGCAAGGAACAAGGAGAAGGAUAGGAAAUGGAAAGAGUACCUAUAUUUGGGAGGAAAGCUGGAUGCCAGAUAACCAUCAGGGAAAGGUUACCACACAGAAACCACAGGGAUGUAAUCUGGUCAAAGUAGAGGAGCUGAUCAUCCAGAACAGAUGGAAUAAAAAUCUGAUAUUCAGAAACUUUUGCCCCAAGGACGCAGAGAUGAUACUAAGCAUCCCCAUAAGCCUGGCCAAUAGAGAGGACAACAACUACUGGAUUCAUAGUUUCAAUGGGAUUUAUACAGUGAGAUUAGCUUAUAGUAUACAAUCUAAAGGCCAAAUGGAACGAGAGCAGGAAGACACGAAGACAAUUGGAACAAGCUGGAGCUCGAAUAGUAAGAAAAGCUGGAAGCAUCUUUGGAAACUGAACAUCAAGCAUAAGGUGAAGAUUUUCUUGUGGAAAUGCCUGAACCAGGUGUUACCAUGUGGAAAAUGUCACCAAUUCAGUGGAAAGGAAUACAAGACCAGCAGGGAUGUUUCCGUAGGUGGUGGACUACAAUGA